AUGGCCCCUGUGUCUGCAUUCCAAUCUGUGUCAGCAUUGAGCUGGAGAGGGCAUAGAGGACUAGAGGAGUCAAAAGAGCGAAGACUUGCAUUACCAGUGAACUUGGAUAUAUUCUGGACAGUAGAGGACACGUGUGCAGAGGCAGGGACAAUGGAGGAUGAAGGGGAGGGCUGGGACAUGGUAGAGGAUGCCUCAGAGGCCUUGUUAGUGUUCCUCAGUGGGGCUGUCAGAGGGCAGAAGGACAUGAAUAUAGCAGACCAGCUGAACCUGCUCGCACUUACUGCACCGAUCAACCCAAUGGAACCCCCAUCUUCACCUUCUUCUACCAUCACUGCCCCACCAGACUGUCAUGAAACUGCUCUGAUGUUGGCCAAACUUAGUGCGGAGGCCAUGAUCUGUCACUUUGCCCUCCUGCAUUAUGACAGUGUAUCGAAAUCAAUGAUUGAAUGGUGCUGGUGA